UGUUUGGUUUAUUUUUUGUUGAUGUUAUUGUCAAUCAUUUAAUGUGUUGUUUAUUAUAAUACACACACAAUGGCUGCCAAUAAUAGUAGACAACAACAAGCGGUCAACAAUUGUUUGAACGCCCGAUAAGUGUCGAUAUCGAUGGCCACCUGAGAGAGAGAGAGAAAGAGAGCCGAAAGAGAGGACUCGGCGCGCGAUUGUCAGAGACAAACAAACUAUGCGGACAACGAUGUCAUCCUCGAAGACUACAACAACAACGACGGUCAUCGCUGUCAAAGACAAUACCAGUACUAAUCGUUGUCGCGGAGGAGGAGUAGAUCCAUUGGCAGCCUCGACAUCGACAGUAAUGAUGAUGACGACCAAUAUCAACAACACCAACAACAACAUUACCAUCAACAGCAGUACUAGCAGUCGACCGCCGUCGGCCAUUGCCGUCGACGAGUUCAAUACAUUGAUCCGAUGUCAUCUAUGCAAAGGCUAUCUUAUCGACGCCACAACACUCACCGAAUGUCUUCACUCGUUUUGCAAGACUUGUAUCAUUACUCACUUGGACUCGAAUACUCCGAAGUCUCGUUUCUGUCCUCGUUGUGAUCAACAGAUACACAAAACCAAACCACGACUUAACAUACGUAGCGAUCCGACACUUCAAGACAUUGUCUAUAAGCUGGUGCCCGGACUAUACAAAAAUGAGAUGAACCGACGCAACGAAUUCUAUAGUAAAGAACCAGAAAGUGCCAUAGGUCUGUCCAGUGAGGAAAAGGGCGAGAUGUCCGGCGAACGGCUAAUAUUUACGCCCGAAGACCAUAUUUAUCUGUCCAUUGAAUACUUUCCGCAAGUGAUCUCCCAUUCGUUGAUGCCAUUCUCAAAGAAUCUGACCAACGGUGCACUCAAUAGUGUAGUUCUACCGUCACCAGCGGCGGCGGCGGCCGCUAAAUCACAGUCGGCCACAAAUGGUUCCGUUCGCAACGGCAGUUCGGAGGACGGAGCCGACAACAAUACUAUCAGUGAUGGCGACAACAAUAGUCAGCGCCGUUAUCUGAAAUGUGAAGGCGGUAUGCGUGUCGUACACUUGAAAAAGUGGCUGAAAUCGAAAUACGAUAUCAAAUACGAUGACAAUGAUAUCGAAAUUUUAUAUAAACACGACCCGCUUGUUGACGACUAUACGAUGAUCGACUUGGCCUACAUUUAUUCGUGGAGACGGAAUGGUCCUCUAUGCCUAUAUUACAAAAUUAUCGAUCAGAAAAAACUGCUGCCACCGCCACUCCCGCCCCUACCGAAAUUACCACUGACCAACAACAACACAGCGACUACCACCACCACCACCACUGGUAUUAUCGACGAUGAUGAUGAUGGUAACAAUCGGUUGUUCCGUACGCCGGCAUUAAAACCGAAACGACAUCACACCCACAAUACUAAUAACGGUGCACAUCAUCGAUGCAAAGGUAUGGCCACUACCACGACCACCACUCCCACACCGAACAACAAUAACAACAACAAGAGAGCCAGAAUUAGUUUGUCGACAAUCAAUGAGUCGCAUCUGAUUACAACAAAUCCAGUUAACGAACCGCUGCCACCAGUGGACAGCCAAUUGUUCAACAAAGUUAUUGCCAACAAUACUAUCGAGUUUAUGAAACCUAUUGUACCCGUAAUGAAGAAGAAAAAGAAGAAGAUGAUGAUGAAUACAGCCCCUAAUAAAAUCGGAAAACCAGUAAACGGUGUUAAAUAUGAUACCAUUGGCGACGCUGGUAGUGGUGGUGGUGCCGGUGCUGCUAAUUGGUUGAUAAGUCAUUCAACAACAACAACAACUGUUGCGCCACAAAAAACAAAAAAAUCUGCUGUUCCUAAAGCUAAGAGAAAAAAAUUAUCAUCAGAUCUCAGCAGCACUGGUAGUAUAGGUACCACAACUACUGGUACUACUAAUGUUGUUGUUGGCGUUACUAAUAAUAUGCUCAACAAUAACAACAACAACAACAACAAUGGUUUAGUAGUCAAAGAAAAUGGCAUCAAAUCGGUUGUCGCCGCUGUUGUUGACAGCAAUGGUAUUACUAAGAAAACUAAGAAACAAAAUAAUAAUAAUAAUAAUAAUCAGAAAAAAUUAAAGACUAAUAAUAAUAAUAAUAAAGUUAAGAAACAAACAGUCAAAACACUAGUACUCAAUAACCAAAUGUCCAAAGCUGUCGGCGGCAGUGGUAGCGGUGCCGCCAAUCCUAUGUUAACUACGAUUACCUCAAUCACAACUGUCAACAAUCAUAAUUGUAUACCGAAAUUGUCAUCAUCGGUAAACAUGACAUCCAACGCUGCAUCAACCAUAAGCCCAACAAAAUUGUCGUCAAAAUUAUCAUCGAUGACAACCAUCACACCGUUGACUAUAACGACUGAAGCCGCCGCAGUAGUCAACACAACAACUCAACCGCCGUCCAGUAUUAGCCAAAAGACUACUACUACUACAGCAUCAACCGCUGCCCCGUCCACUGUCCAAACAGUUACCACUGCUGCGGCUAAUACUCACUUCACUACUCCAUCAUCACUAGCAGUCGUCACUCCUUCUGUCACAUCAUCAUCACCAUCACUGAUCAACACAUCACCCAUUAUAUCCAUAACACCAGUCAUCGCCACCACUACCACCACCACAAUGUCGUCAAACAAUACACCAUUUUUAUCAUCAUCAACAUCAUUGACUACCGUCAACGACAACAACAACACUGACCAUCCAUUAACCAUAACCACUAUCAUAUCCAUGACUAACAAUACAACAACAAUCAACUCAACAACAACUACUGCCGACGACACCAAUAGUUCAACUAAUACUACAACAACAACUGCUGCUACUCCUACUACUACUACUACACAGUCAACCAUCACUUCUACUAGCAGUAGUCCAUUAUCUGUCGUCACUACGCCGUCCACUAACACAUCAUUGACAUCAACUACAGUGUCUUCCAAUCAAUGCUUAACUACGAAUUCUACUACAACUACUGGCACAUCCAUCGGCGGUAAUGAUCUGAACGGUGAUUCCAUUGCCGCCGCCACCGACUCAGCAGCAGCUCCUCAACUAUCGCCACUGUUUGCCAGUAUGGCCGCCGCUGCCGGCGUUUCCAUCGACAUAGUGGACAACGAUGGUAACUUAGAUCGUACCGCUGCUUCCGUGGAGGCGCUCAAGAGUGUCAUCAAUAAAAUCAAUUCGAGUAGCAGUCCAUUUUACAUACGAUCCAGUCCAUUUCAUGUAUCAAAGUUUAUACCCAACUAUAGUAGUCAAUAGAGAGGAUGUGUUGAGUUGGGUUGGCCCUAGUAUAGGGAGUGAUGGGUGGGUGGGACUCAAGUAGUUGUGUGCAGAUGUUUGAUAAUAUGCAUACCGUUCCGUCCCCGACCGCCCAUCCCUUGAAUGCCAUUUUUUUUGGCCAUAGAUUGGAAUUGACGGCAUAUUUCUUAGUCUUAUUUAGUUUUUAUUUUUAUUAUAAAUAUUUAAUUAUC